AUGAUUUCAGAAGGGGAAAAUGGUAAGUUCGGAUGCUGAUUGUAAGUAAAAAAUUAUUUGCGUUUGCCACUUGUCUUCUUAAAACUCAAAAAAAUCAUUUUAUCAUAGUUUCUUGAAUUGAGACCAACUUGGCAUCCCAAUCUUCUCACAUUUUUAGUCCAAAACUUUCAUAAAAAUCUUCUUCCAGACUUGCGGCAGGGGGACGCCCCCCCCCCCCUUGUUCCCCGCCAAACUGCGCAAUCAUUUGACUUUUUAAAGCGCAUCUGUCUUUCAUGACAUUCAAAAAUAAAUAAGCUUUCCUAAAACGAUGUUGCCAUCCUUUUUUUUUUGUCAAACGUAUUAUGACUCACUAAAACUUUCGAUAGCUCUUCCUGACCUUGGGCCGAAGUCGGACCCUAUCAUCCCGAUCUCAUUUCUUUGGCCACAAAUAUCAAAGUUUCCGUCCUUUACUUCUCUUUCGCUCUCUGCAUUCGAAACUAACUCGUCGUGUCCUAUUUUUUCUCUAAAUUAUCUCUAACCGCGGACUAAAUCCGUAAACUACUGCACAAAAAUUUCUGUAGGCCAUAAAAAGAGGUGGUGUCCGGGUUAAAAAUGGGAAUUCAGCGCGUUUUAAAGGACAUUCCAAGCGAUUUCAGGCUCCCAAAAAGACGGCUGAAUUCAUGGUGCGGACGAGUAUUCUCUUCCCAUUCUGAAUUCCCUCGUCUGGCCAGAUAUUCGCUUUUUCUCUUUGCGUCCCGUUUUUUGCUCAAAAAUAAAAAUUUUUAUCAGUUUUCCCUAAUAAUCGAAUUCUUUCAGAACAAUAUUUGGAGGGCCAUAUCUCUGUGAGGCAGGAGGUCAGGAAGGGUGUAAGUCUAACAGUUUUCCUUCUGUACAGUUUAUUAUUAUCUUUUCUUUUGUUCCAGUUUUUGUUGCAGUUUUAUUUUUAAAAAACCUCAAUCGUGAAAUUUUCGGUGGCAAACACUAUUAUCUUGCUUUUGUACGUAAUUUUCGAGGGGAUUCUGCACUAAAUUUGGUGUUCAGUUGCCAUGGAUAAUUUAAAAUUUUUGAUGUUAUUUUAGGCUGUUUCUCUAUGCUUCCCAUUUUCUUUAUCUUCUCUUUUGCAGGAAAAGUCGAACGGGACCACUUCAGACUAUUCGAGUGGAGCCGAGUCCGUCGACAAUUACUUCGUGGAACAGCUUUUGAUUGACACUAAGGCCUUCCAUCCUGCCGAUAUCUUGGCCAAUACUAUCAGAACCUUCUCUAUCGACAGUCCAGUUUUUCAGAUGGCAGAACCGUCGAAGCCGGAAAACUUUCGAACUUAUCGGUUGGUAUUAACGGGGGGUCCUUGUGGUGGGAAAACGACUGGCCAAGAACGAUUGGCCACCUUCUUUGAAAAUGCUGGGUGGAAAGUGUUUACCGUCCCGGAAACGGCUACUGUUCUGCUGGGCGGCGGAGUCAAGUUUGCAGAGUUGAGCGACACACAGAGCUUCACCUUCCAAAGAGAUCUUUUGUCGACAUUAAUCAGGAUCGAAGAGGUAGGCCAAUAAAAACAUUAUGUGAAUUGGACUAUUCGUCAACAUACUUAUGGGCAUGGGACAUUCAGGUAUUCUUCAACCAAGCCUCAUUGGUCAAAGACAGGAAUGUUCUUAUCAUCUGUGACCGUGGAGCGAUGGACCCUUCGGCUUAUAUGCCUCCAGAAGGAUGGAAUAAAAUACUUGAUGAUCUGAAGUUGGAUCCAUUCGAGCUCCGAGAGAACAGAUACAAUCAGGUCGUUCACAUGGUCACGGCUGCUGAUGGAGCGGAGAAUUAUUACACUCUGGCCAAUAACGCAGCACGUUCCGAAGGCCUGCGACAAGCUCUGGAACAAGAUCGGGUCACUCGAAAUGCAUGGGUGGGACAUCCAUAUGUGGAUGUUGUUGACAAUUCGGAAGUCAAGAAGUUUGAUGAUAAGAUUUUGAAACUUAUCUCUGUGGUAUGCGAUCGAGUAGGCUUGGAAUAUCAAGAUCGGCUUGCCAAAAACAGUCGGAAAAGGAAAUGGCUGGUCAGAGAGUUCGAGGAAUCCAGAUUCCCGCGAUAUGAAGAGUUUGAUGUUACCCAUGAUUACCUUUUGGCUGACAAACCAAACAUCCAAGUCCGAAUCCGAACUCGAUGUCAGAAUGGAAGGUCCACUUAUACGAUUACAACUCGACAAUUCAUUGACCCAGAACCGGUCGAAACCCGGAUGCAGAUCACAGAGAGGGAAUAUCAACGGUAUCUAACAAUGAAGGACACUUCCAGGGCGACACUACACAAGAAAAGGAGAUGUUUUAACUUUGGCAGCCAAGUGAGUAAAGAUUAUAUCAGAAAAAAGAGGGCAAAGUCUUUUGAUUAGGAUAGUUGUGUUAGUUUGAUUACGCUCCGAUAAGACGUUUGGACCCAAAGAUAACGGGAGAUUGUUCCCAGAUCUUAUCAUUUGGCAGCAUGGCCGUUUGUUACAAAAAAUUUUUAAAAGUCUUGGAUGUCUACAGACAUUUUUAAAAUCUUUUUUUAGUACUUCCACAUGGAUGUCUACGUGAAUCCACUCCCUCCAGCCUGCAAUGGACAUCCUCUGAUAAUCCUGGAGACAUACACCAUAAAACCCCCAGGAUCUGCCGAACCUGAACUCCCCAGCUUCCUGACCGUAGAACGAGAGAUAACUUCCGAUCCCAACUUCAGCAUGUAUGAGCUUUCCAAACAAACUUCCAAUGGAUUUGUCCAUCACAACAAGACUCACUGA